AGCAAGCAGCAGAAAUGUGAAAAGGGUUCUCUCCUUCUCACUGUUGAAUCCUCUAAUCGAAAAAGAAAAAGUCUGAGCCCAAAACAAAACGAGCUUUCUUUGACUGUUCCUCCUGAGAUUCAUUGACACUUUGAAACUGAUCCUUUCACAAUCUGCACUUUCCCCAGACCUUCGUUUCUGCGCCUCCUAUUAAUAUUACUAUAAUUAAAAAUCGGGUUAUCCCCUUCUUCGCAUCUCAAAACACAUCUUGGACUUCUUCCUCAACAAUUUCUGCUCAGUCACCUAAAUUCCCUAAGAUUCCCUGCUGGGUUUUGCUUCUCUGACAUUUUGGCCUAUUCUCUCCUUGGCCUUGUCAGACUCUUGGAACCAAAAAUAUCCUCUUGCCCCUUUUGUUUAUAGAAAAAGCUUGGAGAAAUUGAGAUUUUGAGGCUCUGAUCCAUGGGAAAUUGCUGUGCAAGCCCCGUUACGUCUUCUCAGAAGCAAAACGGGAGGCGCAAGCAAAAACCCAAUCCCUUUUCUGCUGAUUACGCUGCGAUCAAUGGUAAUGGAGGUGGGAACAAGUUUUGGGUCUUGAAAAAUCCGACGGGCCGUGACAUCUCGGCCCAUUAUGAGCUCGGCCGUGAGCUCGGGCGGGGAGAAUUCGGGGUCACAUACUUGUCUACCGAUGUGUCCACAGGCGAUAAGUUUGCCUGCAAAUCGAUAUCCAAGAAGAAGCUUAGGACUGCGGUGGAUAUUGAGGAUGUGAGGAGGGAGGUGGAGAUUAUGAAGCAUUUGCCUAAGCACCCGAAUAUCGUGACCUUGAAGGAUACUUUUGAGGAUGACCAGGCAGUUCACAUUGUGAUGGAAUUGUGCGAGGGAGGUGAGCUGUUUGAUCGGAUUGUGGCAAGGGGGCAUUACACGGAACGGGCUGCAGCAGGUGUUAUGAGGACCAUUGUUGAAGUUGUUCAGAUGUGUCAUAAGCAAGGAGUGAUGCAUCGUGAUCUCAAACCAGAGAACUUUCUGUUUGCAAACAAGAAGGAAGCAUCUCCCUUGAAGACAAUUGAUUUUGGAUUGUCAGUAUUCUUCAGACCUGGUGAGAGAUUCAAUGAGAUUGUGGGUAGUCCCUAUUACAUGGCUCCAGAAGUUUUGAAGCGCAAUUAUGGCCCAGAGAUUGAUGUCUGGAGUGCUGGAGUUAUUUUGUAUAUUUUACUAUGUGGUGUUCCACCAUUCUGGGCAGAAACUGAACAAGGGGUAGCACAGGCCAUCAUCCGUUCGGUCAUUGAUUUUAAGAGGGACCCUUGGCCUAAAGUCUCAGGUAACGCAAAGGACCUUGUGAAGAAAAUGCUUGAUCCAGAUCCUAAGCAGCGGCUUACAGCUCAGCAAGUGCUCGAUCAUCCUUGGAUACAAAAUGCCAAGAAGGCUCCAAACGUUCCCCUGGGCGAGACUGUGAAAGCCAGGCUCAAGCAAUUUUCAGUAAUGAACAAGCUUAAAAAAAGAGCUCUACGGGUGGUGGCUGAGCAUUUGUCAGUGGAGGAAGUGGCUGGCAUAAAGGAGGCGUUUGAUACUAUGGAUGUUGGCAAAAGAGGCAAGAUAAACCUUGAGGAAUUUCGAGUCGGGUUGCGAAAGCUUGGCCAACAGAUUCCUGAUGCAGAUCUUCAAAUAUUAAUGGAAGCUGCUGAUGUUGACGGGGAUGGAACUCUCAAUUAUGGAGAAUUUGUUGCAGUUUCAGUUCACCUUAAAAAGAUGGGCAAUGAUGAGCAUUUACACAAAGCUUUUGCAUUCUUUGAUCAAAACCAGAGUGGUUACAUAGAGAUUGAAGAGCUGCGGGAUGCUUUGAGUGAUGAGAUGGAUGAUAACAGUGAGGAAGUUAUCAAUGCUAUUAUGCAAGACGUGGACACAGACAAGGAUGGGCGCAUAAGUUAUGAGGAGUUUUCUACCAUGAUGAAAGCUGGUACAGAUUGGAGAAAAGCGUCCAGGCAAUAUUCACGAGAAAGAUUUAAUAACCUCAGCUUGAAAUUGAUGAGGGAUGGGUCCUUACAGCUAGCCAAUGAGGGUAGAUGAAUCAACUAUUAUCAUCAAUUAAUGGGGAUAAAAACUGGUGUUUGGGAAUGAAGAUAUUCUUUGAGGUUAGAUGAACCGAUGAUUAUCAUCAGUUAUUGGGGGAAAAACUGAUGUUUGGGAAUGAAGAUUCUUUUGUUGUGUUGGGUUUUAUGCAAUCCUUGUUAAUUUUUUCAUUUGAUUUCCCUUCAAAUAGGUUGAUGUCUUCUCAAAUAGCCAUGUUUAGGUUGUGUUUGCUUUGACUUUUGAGUUAGUUGCAGGAGAGAGAGAGAGAAUUAGAGUCAGGGAGAUGUAGUUUCAUGAAAUGUUAUCCUGAAAUAUGUGGUUGUAAAUAUGUGAAUUAUAGGCCCACUGGCCCUCCUCAUUAGGUAUGUACUCUCUUCUUGUUGUUUAUAUGUUAACAUGUGCUGUAGAUUGCAGAAACUGCCAUUUGCAGUUUUCA